AUGCCUUUCGACGUGGAAGCUGCAACGGAGAAGGCCUUGAACUGCCAGCUGCUGGACGUUCGCACCACCCAAGCGCUUUGUGAGCGCCUGCAGCUGGUGCUGGUGAAGGAGAGUAACGUCAAGGCGGUCCCAGCACCGGUGACGGUGGUGGGCGACGUCCAUGGCCAGGUCUUCGAUCUGCUGGAGCUCUUCCGCAUCGGUGGUCCCGUCCCGCACACCAACUAUCUCUUCUUGGGCGACUACGUGGACCGUGGGCCAUACUCCGUGGAGACAAUCAUGUUGCUCGCGCUCCUGAAGCUCAGUCAUCCGGAACGGAUCACGUUGCUUCGUGGGAAUCACGAAAGCCGGCAGAUUACACAGGUCUACGGCUUCUACGCGGAAUGCGUGCGGAAGUACGGGGAUGCCACGGUCUGGCAGUGCUUUACGGAGCUGUUCGAUUACCUGCCCAUUGCUGCUUCAGUGCCGACCCUCCGCUGAAGCUCAGCCGUGAUCCGUGGCUUCAGCAUCCUUGAUUUGACCUGGAACCUGGCGGAGUCGGGCGAUGUUCAUUUCCCCUUAUGGGUCAAUCUCCGAAACUGGACCCUUCUGGGGACUCUGUUUGCCCGGUGAACCAAGAGCCGCAAAUCCAAGUUCAGCCGCAAUGAGCGGACCUUGGCAAGGUGGCAGGCAGAAGGGUAUCUGCAUGCCUGGAGUGAUCUUGGGAAGCAAAACAGAUUUCCCCUUGGAAAACAGAUCCCCCGACCUCAAAGACCAGAUCGUUUACUAGGCUUUGCAGCUCCGAAACGGCGCUGCAGCUCAGAAAUCCAUGGCAAGUUGGUCAGUUGCUUCAGGGAGAGAUUCAGUAUUUACUGCAAAAAUGUUUAUCGUUGCUUCUGAAUCUUCUUCUUCUCGUGUCGUUGCCUCGUCGGGUGUUUCAGAACCACUCCCCAUUUCUCGCUCUGGCCCCCGAAGUCGCUCGCGGCUCUGGGGAAGGCCGCGGCGACGGCUCUGGGGCCUCCGGGGCCUGUCAGGCAGAAAGCUGCCUGUACUCUUUGGUAGACAUGACACG